GCAGUCCACCCCAAACCUCAAUCAAUUCUCUGUUUCUUGCAUCUGCUUCUGCUUCUGCUUCUCUGCUUCCUCUUUUCUCUAUACAAUGCCACCCAAAAAGAUGUCGCUGGAAUCAGCGCUCGACGAGGAACGGCGUGAGAUCAUGGAUAUCCUCGAGGGCCGCAUCAAUCGUUCCCAGCAGUCCCAUUCCAGAGCUCGCCAUUCUAGCCCUUCCCGCCCAAUCAGAAGCAUGCUGGAUGUUGCUCCUGACCCGGCUCUACAAAAGCACAACUCCGCCGCUGGCCCCGGUGCUGGUGUUGGCGCCACCUCUUCCUCCAGUCGAUCAGUCCCUCCAGUUCGCAGCUUGCUCGAUCCUAUCUCACCUUCACCUCUCCGUUUGACCCACAGCGCAGAGCCGCAACCUACACAAUUUGAGCAUGCCGCAUCUUCUCCCCCUCCCCCCUUGUCCCCUCUGCAGCCCCUAUCUCCCAAAUCCCCAAUAUCAUCCACACGUAAGGAGCUCCAUGCUCGUCAUUCUUCAGAUCCAGCUGGUCACAUUGGUCCCUUGCCGGAGCCAACCAGGAGGAAACAGGCCAUUGAAAAAUACCAAUUUGAAAUGCUGCCCAGCAUUCCAAGCCUGGCCCGCCCAAAACGGGUGUCACAGGGCGGAAAGAAAACCGCCAACCACGCGACCAAUGCCACACACACCAACUCCAUGGCUGCAGUCAUGUCCGGACAGGAGCUGAGUAGUUUGCCUGGAUUCACAAGAGGGCGGGAUACAAUGCGGCACGGCGGGACUGCGGGGGUGUCUGCUCGCCAUUCCAAGUCGCCUUCCUCCCGUCUAGCGCGAUCCCGCUCUCCAGGCGGAGGCCUGCUCAAUACAAACUCGUUUAACCCAAAACCAGUUCCGGGAACGUUUGUCACGGAUACCGGCAAAGUCAUUCAUCUAGAUCACGCAUAUCGACAAUUGUCCAACGCGGCGCUGUCAAGGUCUGGGGGGACGUUAUCUAAGUUCCAGAAAUCGUCUACGAGUCGAGAGCGCGGGGAGGAUGCUGUCUCGGAAUCGGGUGACAGUCGGCUCCAAGAAGACUACUACUCUGGCGAGGAGACUUUUAGUGGAGAGAAUAGCAGUGAUGAGGAGAAUGAUUAUUCGAGCUCGGCAGAGGAAGAUUGGAGCGCUGAAAUCCAACGUGGACGACGACGCAGCAGGAAGAAAUCCGAUUCAGAGGAGAAUGACCUCAAUAAGAAUGGGCCACAGAAAGUACGCAGUCUCCUUGCUGCAGCUGAGGAAGAGCGCAAGAAAGUCUCAGCGACUUACAAAGUCAAAUCGCUACUCGACCCAGAACCUGCUACUGGGAAAGCUGCAACAGAAAAACCCAUGAUCAAGAAGACCGGCGUCGUCCAUCCAACUACCAGCUUCGACCACGUAGGAUCAGGCCCAAACACCCCUGCCGGCUCGGAUGACGAAGCGCAAUACCGCGACUUCAAAAAAGCCCAGAAUCUCAGCAUCUACAUGUCCCCAAUCGACCAGUCCGUUCCAAAUCGGGUAAUUCGCACCAUCGUCCGUGGCGAAUUCACACGGGUCCAGGAAGAAGCGAGGCAGAACAGACGGAUGAGAUUACGCACCUACCUCGUCGCUACGGAUCUCAGCGAUGAGUCCGUCUACGCGCUGGAAUGGACGAUUGGCACGAUUCUUCGCGAUGGCGACACGCUCUAUGCCGUCUAUGCCAUCGAUGAGGAAACCGCCGGGCACGGAUCUGGGAAAGGGGGGGAGCCUGAUUCCACAUCUUCGGUGCAGAUCGGCGACGGGAUUAAGGUGAUGUUGGAUACUGCUGCUGUUGUUGGGUUGCAGACGAAGAAGACAGCAGAGAACUUGACUGGGGCGUCGCCUUUGCCUUCUGCGAAUACGUCGUCAACUCAGGUUAGUGGAGGAAGCGGCGGUAACGGCGGCAGCGGCGGCGGUGGUGGUGGAGGAGGAGGUAACGGUGGAACGGACAGCAAGACCGGCUCUGUUGAUUCUCGGGCUGUGUCAAAAUUCGAGGCGGAAAGGUUUCGGGCUAUCGAGGGGAUUUCGCAGACGGUUGUGCGGUUGCUGAAGAAGACUAGGCUGCAGGUUCGGGUUGCGGUGGAGGUAAUCCAUUGUAACAGUCCGAAGCAUCUGAUUACAGAAGCUAUUGAUGGUUUGGAACCUACGCUGGUAAUUCUGGGCUCAAGAGGUCGCAGCGCUCUUAAGGGCGUCCUCCUCGGUUCCUUCUCAAACUACCUCGUUACUAAAUCCUCUGUGCCUGUGAUGGUCGCGCGGAAGAAGCUGAAGAAACAUACUAAAUUCAAACGUGCCAAUGUCCGCUUGCUGAACAAUCUUACGACGCCGAAGAAGUUGGUGUAUGCGAAGAUUGAUUGAUUGAUUCAUAGACUGGGUGUUGGCUGCUCCUUCUACCUCCUUUUCUUGUUUAUUUUACAUUAUUUUUGCUUUUUUUCUUCCCCAUCCCUGUGGCUGUUACUCAUUCCGGCUGGAUAUCUUUCAUUUCAUCACAUGCAUAAUCGGGGUUGGGUGGGUUUGGUCCAAUUUCGCUUUUUCAUACUUGUUUUUAUUAGCGUUUAUUCAUGUACCUGGCAUAACCUCUCCUCACUCCCCUAUUUUCCUCCAAGCGCUUCCUCUUUUGUUUCGUUUCUCCCUCUCGCUCUCCCCUAUCCGAUGUGAUAAAUGGAUCUGUCGGGAUAGGACAGAGAUGGGCAGAAUUGAGUUUUAUAGUGAGUUUAUGAAAGCUACAACAACUUAAGAUGCAAAAAUGCAACAAAUUACACACCAU